GAGAACGCUCCCUUUGGAUGGUUGCGACACGAGUCUGGAGUUCAUCGGGUUCAGCGUAUUCCGGUCACUGAGAAGAAGGGCCGCAUGCAGACCUCAAGUGUGUCAGUGGUGCUUUUGCCCGUGGCCGAAGAAGCAGAUGUGUCAUUAGCACCUGGAGACGUGCGAGUGGAAAUUAGCAAGAAGUCUUCAGGCCCUGGUGGCCAGAGUGUUAAUGCAGCACACCAGGCCGUGAGGGCAACACACAUUCCCAGCGGACUUUCAGUGCUAUGUACAACUUCCCAGUCGCAGUUCGAGAACAAAACCAGAGCUCUGGAGCUUCUCCGGACCAAGCUCUUAGAUCAACAGCUCUCAGCCCAGCGCAGCUUCGAGCGCUCGGAGCGGCAGCAGCAGAAGGGGAGCGGCGAUCGCUCCGAGAAGAUCCGGACGUACAACUUCCAGAGGGACGAGGCGACUGCGCAUUGGGGUGAUCCAUCGGUGUGUUUUUCGACAGUGCAUUUACCCAUCCUGCUCCACAGGUUUUAA